AUAUAAACUUGAAAGUGAAAAUAUUUUAGAAUUCCGCAAACUUGUUUGUUUAACAAAAGAUCGUUCAUUCAAAUAUGGCAGUGAGGUAGCGAAAUGUCAUUUGGUUUUAAAGGAUGAAGAAGAUGAACCAGGAAGGAGAGCAUCAGAUAAUACUGGUUGUUUUAAGAAGCGAUUCAAUGCAUCAGUAGAACGAGUUUAUUGUGACAUAUUUUGUCCAGGAGCUUAUGAGGUAUUCCAUUCUGCAUUCGAUCUUUUCCACAAAUCGUGUUUUCAGUAUCAUAACUAUCAACUCAGUGAACAGAACGAAAACUGGUCAAAAUUUAUUUUUUAUUAA